AUGUCGUUUGGGGAGCUUCAAAAAGAAGUUUUGGCGCAAUUAGAGCGCGACUUUUCUAAUUUUAAGAAGACAGGCCAGGCUCGUCGAACGAGUAACUAUUUGAAAACUCGCAUGGAGCUACUUGAACAAAAUUUAGAAAAUGCCAAACGAUAUCACGAGGAAAUCGUUAGCGGGGGGAAGCUCGAAGAGAAUUUUAAAAAGGAAGACAUGAUAGCGGUGUUCGAUCAAAUUCGCGCCAUUUAUCUCGAAUAUAGGACUGAAAUGAUGGAUGGUUUAGACAAAUUAAGUCCGUCCGCUCCACUUACGCCUACAGUGGGAGCACCUCCAUCAACAGGCCUUCCAUCAGCAAUACACCAGUCACAGCCAAAUGUCCUCAAGCUUCCUCCAAUCAAACCUCCCACGUUCUCGGGGUCUUAUACAUCGUGGCGUUCCUAUCACGAUAUUUUUACGUCACUUGUUCAUAACAAUCCUGGCUUGAACGAGAUCCAAAAAAUGCAUUUUUUGAAAGAAAGUUUGACAGGCGAUGCCGAACGUCUUCUGCAUCAUUUAGAUCUUAGUUCUGGGAAUUAUGCAAAGGCAUGGGAUUUAUUGAAAGAAAGGUAUGAUCAUAAAAGAGUUUUGGUCAAUUCUUAUCUCAAGGUCUUUUUUGGCCAACCUGUACAAAGUAAGGAAUCUGCCGAAACCCUUAAAAGCUUACUUGACACAACAAUCGAAGUUGUUCACGCACUGGAAAAUUUAGGAUUACCAGUGAAGGACUGGGACACAAUAUUAAUUUAUAUUCUCUUUCAAAAACUAUCCGCCAAAACCCAACAGCUAUGGGAAGAAAAGCUCGGCAAUAACAAAGAACUCCCAACCUUCGCCGAUUUUACUGAUUUUCUUAAAUCACGUUUUCGGACUUUGGAAGCUAUUGUGCAGCAAGCCAGUUGCACUACACAGCCAAAGCCAGUCACGAAAUCGCCUGUCACAGCUAAAACAUUUCAUGCUAAAACCCAAAAACAACAAUUUAAAACGCAAUAUCAAUGUCAAAUUUGCAAAAAAGGACAACACUCGUUGAUGAAAUGUUAUCGGUUUUUAAACAUGGAUGCGGUACAAAAGCAACAGGCUGUACAGCAAGCUGGAGUGUGUGAAAACUGUCUUGCUUACAGCCACAAAACUCGUUUUUGUUUAAGUAACCGGUCCUGUUAUUUUUGUAACCAAAAACAUCACUCUUUUUUGCACAACAAUUUACACACACAAAACACGAUUUCUAAUCCUAGUAACUCAAUUUCACAAAAUUCAAGUUCUAAUGCGAACAACUCAACACAUUUUCAACAACGAAGUUCACAACUUCAGAACCAACAGGUAGCCGUGAAUCCAAAUGCUCCUGCUUUCCAACCAACAGGCGAAAGUGUUCCUGGUUGCAAUACCCGACACAAUUUUUAUGCGUCUCAAGUCCACGGGACUCAAAUUUUAUUAGCCACUGCGAUCGUUAGAGUUAAAUGUGAAUAUGGAAGAUUUUCAGAUCUCAGAGCACUUAUUGACCCAGGCUCAGAUGCCACUUUUAUCUCUGAGUCAGCAGCAAGGCUUUUAAAUCUCACCCAACACCAAACAAAUGUUAAUGUAUCAGGGCUAGGGAAGGUCAGCAGCGGCAUCAGUCACAGUUACGUUAACAUAAUGUUUAAAUCUAAACAUUCGACGUUUGAAGGCGCAACCAAAGCGUACAUUUUUAAAUCGUUGACUGGCCUUCUUCCGACCCACAAAAUGAUACCACACAAUUAUGAUCAUCUGGCUAAUUUGCAGUUAGCAGAUCCUGAAUUUUAUGUUCCCGCUCCAAUCGACAUACUUUUCGGCUCAGAUGUUUAUCCGGACAUUAUAUUACCGGAAAUUAUUCGCAGCGAGCACGUAGUCGCUCCCAUUGCACAAAACACCCAAUUGGGGUGGAUUAUAUUGGGUAAGAAUCCUGAAGUUACUCCAAAGUCGAUCCGAAGUUUCUUCCAACACAUUGAUCUCGAUACACAAAUCCGAAAAUUUUGGGAGAUUGAAGAAAUUCCUUUCGUGAUUCGAGCUUCAGAAGAGGAUAUUGCCUGCGAAAAGUAUUUUAAUGAAACAACCAAGCGAUUAUGUGAUGGGCGGUACGAAGUGAAUCUUCCAUUUAAAGUAGGAUUUCAUCCUGAACUAGGAUCCAGCAAAGAAAUGGCAACUCGACGUUUUUUAUCUUUGGAACGACGAUUUGAAAGGGACCCAAAAUUGCAAGAAAGUUACAGCCAAUGUAUCAUGGAAUACCUCAGUUUGAAACACAUGGAAGAAGUAGACGUAAACGACCCAAUUUUGAAAACCCCUUUUCACUAUUUUCUUCCUCAUCAUGCUGUAUUUAAAGAAUCGAGUUCUACCACAAAAUUAAGAGUCGUUUUUGAUGCAGCCUCAAAAACCUAUGAUGGUACAUCCUUAAAUCAACACCUGAUGACAGGUCCUAAACUUCAAAAGAACAUUGUUGACAUAAUUUUAAAAUGGCGAGCAUUCAAAUUUACAAUAACAGCUGAUAUAGAGAAGAUGUAUCGCCAAAUUUUUGUGCAAGAACUGGAUAGAUACUAUCAACUCAUUAUUUGGCGUGAAAAUCCAAAGCAACCCAUCAAGGUCUUUAAACUGAAGACGGUCACUUUUGGCACGGCUUGUGCGCCUUAUUUGGCCAUUCGUGUCCUACACAAAGCCGCUGAUGAUGAGUCUGAAAUGUAUCCAAAGGGAGCUCUUGCGGUUAAAAGUGAGAUGUACGUAGACGAUUUCAUCAGUGGAGGAGAUUCUAUAGACGAAACUCGUAUAAAACGCGAAGAAACACGAAAUCUUUUGGCGUCUGCAGGCCUCAAACUUCGGAAGUGGACGUCCAACUGCAAAGAUCUUCUGCAAGACUUACCCAAAGAAGAUUGUGAGAUAACUUUUGAAGUGCCUUUUCAAUCAAAAGAUCAUGUCAAAACAUUAGGCAUAAGAUGGAAUCCACAAGAAGACUCAUUUUCGUUCAAAAACUUUCAACAGGAAACCGAUGAAGUGACAAAAAGGACAAUGCUAUCAGCAAUUGCAAAACUUUUUGAUCCGCUUGGCUGGAUUGCGCCAUGUGUGAUCAAAGCCAAGAUCAUAAUGCAAAAAUUAUGGUGCAGAGGAACCGAUUGGGAUGAACCCAUUUCAUCAGAUCUUAAAGAAGAGUGGCAAGUUUUUCAGAAGGAAUUGCCUUUAAUACAUCACGUUAAAAUCCCACGAUGGAUAAAUACACACAAUACACAGAAAUCGGUGGAAUUUCACGGUUUUAGUGACGCGUCGGAGAAGGCUUAUGGAGCAGUUGUCUUCAUACGUGUCCUUGAUAAUGCCGAGAAUAUUCACAUGCAUAUACUAAUAUCGAAAACAAAGGUGGCUCCAUUGAAAACAGUCAGUCUACCACGACUAGAACUUUGUGGAGCUGUUCUCUUGGCAUCACUAUUAAAUUACACAAAAGAAGUUCUGGAUGUCUCGAACGCAAAGGUAUACGCAUGGUCAGACUCAAUGAUUACGUUGGCUUGGAUUAAAGCACAACCUUCCAAAUGGACAACGUUUGUCAGUAACAGGGUUGCUGAAAUCCAACGAUUAACAAACUGCGAUAUUUGGAAACACAUUCCAACAGACCAUAACCCAGCUGAUUUAGCAUCUAGGGGCGUUUCACCUUCAGCGUUAGGAACACAAGACCUUUGGUGGAUAGGGCCCUCAUUUUUGCGAGAAAAGUGGCAAUUUGAAAUACCCGUACAACCAUCUACUCUCGAAACCGAAAUUGAAAGGAGAACGGAAAAGAAACAAUGCUUAAUAGCCAACUCUGAUGAAGCAGAUGAUGACAUUAACAGAUGUAUACUAAGGUGUUCGCGACUAUCAAAGAUCAUCAGAGCAAUUGCAUUCUGUUACCGCUUUAAAUGGAAUUGCCUUGCAAAAAGACAAAAAACAUUAAGGAUUUCCGGAGAAUUGAAUCCAGAUGAGCUACAAGUUGCAGCCUUCUUGGUGCAUAAAGCAGUACAAAGGCUCAUGUUCACUGCAGAACUGAGUGAAUUAGAGAAUAAAAAUACAAUUCCCAAAUCCUUGUUAUCACUUAAUGCGUUCAUCGAUGGUAAUGGGUUACUUCGUGUGGGUGGCCGACUCGAGAACACACUACUUUCAUAUAACCAGCAACAUCCGAUCAUUCUAAAACCCAAUUACCACUUCUCUGAACUAGUGAUGCGAGAUGCACACAAUAAGACCCUACACGGAGGAAAUCAGCAAACUGCGGCCUUCAUCCGUAUGACUUACUGGAUAACAAGACUUAAACAACACGUAAAAAAACAUAUACAUAAUUGCCCAAUAUGUUUCAGAUACAAAAAAAGGAGUCUACAACAACUCAUGGGAAGCCUGCCAGCACCACGAGUACGAAUAUCCAGACCGUUCACCCAUACAGGAGUUGAUUACGCCGGUCCUAUAGAAAUUAAAACAUGGAAAGGAAGAGGAGCUAAAACUUUCAAAGGAUACUUUGCCAUUUUUAUUUGCCUGUCUACCAAGGCAAUCCACCUCGAAACAGUGUCAGACUUGACAACACAGGCAUUCCUAGCAGCUCUUCGUCGCUUCACCUCACGCCGAGGCAUUUGUGCCCAAAUUUAUAGCGACUGCGGCACGAACUUUGUGGGAGCUAAUCGCGAAUUAGCCCGUAUGCUAGAAGAAGCUAAACACGAUUGGAAAGAAAUCGCAGGGACUCUAGCUAAUUCAGGAACAAACUGGAAUUUUAUUCCUCCAGCUUCCCCUCACUUUGGUGGUCUUUGGGAAGCUGGUGUGAAAUCAGUUAAACACCAUCUAAAACGAACCACAAGAGAUGAGAGGUUAACUUUCGAGGAACUCUACACACUUCUCACGCAGAUCGAAGCCUGUUUGAAUUCCCGACCUCUAUGCCCUCUAUCGGAUAAUAUCGAUGAUCUAGACUAUUUAACACCAGGACACUUCCUAAUUGGCGAACCCUUGCUCACAAUUCCUCAAAAGGACAAAAACGUAGAAAACAUGAGCUAUCUAGACAGAUGGAAAAAGACUCAAGCUCUCGUCAACGUAUUCUGGCAAAAAUGGAACGGAGAAUACCUUUCACGAUUGCAACAACGACCAAAAUGGACGAAAAGGGAAGCCGAACCUAAAGUUGGAAGUCUUGUUUUGGUCAAGGAUGAAAGACUUCCGCCAUCCCAAUGGGCAUUAGCAAGAAUAACCGACACACAUCCGGGAGCUGACGGACCAGUCCGAGUGGUAACGCUAAAAACAAAAUCUGGAAUUAUGAAACGGCCUAUCACGAAAAUCUGUUACCUACCGUGUAACACCUCGACCGAUGAAAACACCCUAAUUUAA